CAUAGAAAUAUUACAUCACAAAAAUCAAUAACGAGUUUUCUUUUUCCUAUAUUCCUAUAAAAAUACAUAAACAAAAACAGUUUGUGAAAUAAAAUAUAUUUUGUUAAUUUGUAGUAACUAGACUAGUUCGGCGUUUACAAUAUUUGGCCAUUUGCCAAUUUUCAUGUCCCUCAGAUUCAUAUUGCGGAGAGAUUUUGCGUGUGUGAUAAGUUCUAGUUCUUAUAAUUUUCGUUAUUUCCAUAAGAUUACUGGGAGAAUGAAAUACGUGAAGCUUUCACAAUCUGCAGAUUUAAUGCCCACACUGGGUUUAGGAACAUGGCAGGCCUCACCCGAAGUAAUAGAGUCUACUGUAUACAAGGCAUUGGAUUUAGGUUACAGGCAUAUUGACACUGCUUUUAAUUACAAUAACGAGGAAGCUAUUGGUAAUGCUAUUAAGAAAUGGUUAGAUGAUGGUAAAGGUACGAGAAAGGAUCUGUUUAUCACCACAAAGCUACCGCACGUAGGGAAUCGCGCCUCAGACGUGAAGAAGUUCCUAGAGCUGCAGUUGAAGAGGCUGCAGAUGGAUUACGUGGACCUGUACCUGAUUCACGUGCCGUUCGCGUUCCUUUGUGAUGCCGACACGCUGACCCCCGUAGUGAAUGCCAAUGGCGAAUAUCAGCUGGAUAUUGAUACAGACCACGUUAGCACUUGGAAGGUAAUGGAGUGUUGUCAAAAAGAAGGACUCAUCAGGAACUUAGGUUUAUCCAAUUUCAACGAAUCUCAAAUAGCAAAGAUAAUUCGCGAGGCGACGAUCAAGCCGCAAGUGUUGCAGGUGGAACUUCACGCUUACUUCCAACAAAUGGACCUCAGGAAGUUCUGCUCAGAACAAGACAUCGUGGUCACUGCGUACGCCCCUCUCGGCAGUCCGGGGGCGAAGGACCAUUUUGUGAACAAAUACAAUUAUAGUCCUGACGCUUUUCCGGAUCUGCUCGGUCAUCCGGAAGUGGAUGAGAUCGCCAAAAGUCACGACAAAACCCCCGCCCAAGUGUUGCUACGAUAUUUAGUUCAACAGAAAGUUGUAGUCAUCCCAAAAAGCACAAGCGAGAAAAGACUAAAGGAAAACUCAAACAUAUACGAUUUUGAAUUAACGCCAUCAGAAAUAACCAAAUUGAAGAAACUAGACAGAGGGGAGAGCGGGCGGAUUUUCAAUUUCCUAUUUUGGAAGGGUGUGGAGAACCACCCUGAGUACCCCUUCAAAUUUUUGACCCAAGCUUCAGACAAAGUAUAAUUUCAUGUUAUUUUUCAGAAUUUCCAAGGCUUGAGCAUUAUUCUAUAUAUAUUAAUAUUAUAAAGCUGAAGAGUUUGUUUAUUUGCUUGAACGCGCUAAUCUCAGGAACUACUGGUCCAAUUUGAAAAAUUCUUUCAGUGUUAGAUAGCCCAUUUAUCGAGGAAGAAUAUAUUAUCCCCGUAUUCAUACGGGAACAAGAACCACGCGGGUGAAACCGCGCGUCGUCAGCUAGUUUUAUUAUUAAAAGCCAUGCCAUUCAUAGCAGCAAAAAUUAGAGAUUUCUAUUACUAGUUGAGAAAAGCUUUCUUUGUCAAAGUCAGCCUACAAAAUUGUACUUUAUCUGUUAAUAAAAAAAAAUGGCAGCAUCUACAUGCACUUAUGUAGUUUCAACAAUUUAUAGAUAGUUCUAUCAAAUUAGCGAUUGUUUAUAAUUAAAUGAAUAUUUAAUAAUUUCCCUGCCAAAGCACCUACUUAGUAUGAAGUAGCAGCAUAUUUAUACUUAUUUUUAUUCAUUGUAAGUAUUAACAGCUUUAAAUAAAUGGUCUACUUGGUUACGCCAAUACUAUUAAAGAGGAAAUAUUUUUGUUUCUUUGUAGAAGCUAAUAUAUAAGUAAACUUCAAUAUACUUCAAUAUAUUGAUUUCUUAAAUAAUUGAGACAUGUAUACUUCUGUGAAUUCGCUAUUUUUCUAGUCAAAGAUUACCUCUUUUAAUUUAGCUUAAGAAUUCUAGUGUGCUUUACAAUAUAUGAGACUCAAGCUCAGUUGAAUUGAGGAGACAAUGAAGUCUGAAUGUUGGAUGUAAUUAGGGUUCCGAAUAUCCAGUUAUAUUAUAAAAUAUAUACUAGUAUAUACUUAAAAAUGCACUAAAAUAUGGUAUCUACUGGUCAAAGGAGGUGCUAAAGGAAAUAUGUGUUAGUGUUUUUUUAGUCGGUUAAUUUUUCUUUAAUUUCUUGUAACUAUACUUGUUAGGUUUAACCAGUUUCAAUAUGCUCUUCUGGUUCAGAGGUUUGACUGCAAUUUUUUUUUCAAUUUUAUUAAAACAAAUGUUAUAUUAUUCUAUAAAAUAUAUGGAUACGGAACCCUCGGUGCGCGAGUAUGACUCAAUCAUUGUUUUUUAUUUGUCAAAUUAUAGGUAAGUCAUAGACUGUCAUUUAAGAGGUGGGUAUUACGGAAUUAACCAAUGUUACGUGGCGUAUUGUAACAUUCGCAGCGAGCAUAUUGUAACAAAGCCGUGAUAGCCCAGUCACCAGUGGAUAUGACCUCUGCCUCUGAUUUCGGAGGGUUCGAAUCCGGUCCGGGGAAUGUACUUCCAACUUUUCAGUUGUGUGCAUUUUAAGAAAUUAAAUAUCACGUGUCUAAAUCGGUGAAGGAAAACGUCGUGAGGAAACCUGCAUACCAGAGAACUUCUUAAUUCUCUGCGUGUGUGAAGUCUGCCAAUCCGCAUUGGGCCAGCGUGGUGGACUAUUGGCCUAACCCCUCUCAUUCUGAGAGGAGACUCGAGCUCAGCAGUGAGCCGUAUAUGGGUUGAUAACGAUGACGACGAUAUUGUAACAUUUUUUACCGAAAUUUGUAACAACGAGCAAUAGUCCGAAUGCUCGCUGUGUAACAUACAUAUGUGUUAUAUUACGCCUAAUGCUGGCUACACACCUUCAGUUUUAUCUAAUGAUAUUUCGAUUCGGUUUCACAUUGUCAGUUUAACUGGGCAGUUUCAGAUUUGCCUUCACACGGACAGUUAAACCUGUGCAGUUAAAAAUGAAGGUAUGUAGUCCGCAUAAGACGAACAUUUAGUUUAAAGCCAUUCCUAUUAAAUUAUUAAUACGUAUGACGUAAAACCACCAUCGAUUAUGUUAGUCA